AUGAUCACAUCAAAUCAACAGAAUUUGAAUGCUAACAGCACAUCUGAGAUUAUCAUUGAUGUUCCACGUUCUGAUUCAACACAAUCAACGCUAAAUUCACACGGUUCCGGUAGCUAUCACGGUGAUUGUUCCUCAGUGAACAGUUUGCAUUCGAUAACGGAAUAUAAAGAUGGAAUGAAUCGAAGACAAAUUAAUAGCAUUAAUGAAUCACGUGAAUCUCUUAGCAGUCGGCUUAGUCGUGGAUUUCUUGAAUUUACUCAGGGUAGCAGUGAUAGAUUGCAGAAAUGGAAAAAUAAAUUGCAAAAUGGUCGUCGACACAAAGAUUCAAGUGAACCACCACCUAUUAACAGGAAAAUGCUGACAGCAAGUCAAGAGCAAAAUGGUCAUUUGUCAGAUGUUGACGUUGUACUUGAUUGGGCAAUACCCAAAUGUGAUUCCACUGAUCAG